AACAUACGUGACGAUGAGGAAGAAACUGAUUAAGAAGUGGCUGAAAGAUCAAGAUAUCGACUGUAAACUAGAGGAUGUUCCUAACAUAGCGUUGCUGGGGUCAGGUGGUGGAGAGAGGGCAGCAGUGGGCAUGCUGGGAUCGCUGUGUCAGCUGGCACAGGACGACCUGCUGGACAGCCUCCUCUACAUGUGUGGGGUGUCGGGCAGCACCUGGUGCAUGUCAUCCCUGUACAGCAAUCCAGCUGAGUCAUUGAGUAAGAGUUGUGAUGAAAUAAUAAAGAAGCUGAAGGGUCCUACGAUGAACACUUGCUGUCUUUCUGAAGAUGCUCACAGGAAAAUCAUCAAACCAUACCCCAUCUACAGUGCCAUAGAACUGGACUGCCACAGACAGGGUUACACUAAAGGGGUAUGGUUUGAGAUGACCCCCCACGAGAGCGGCUUCUCCGGAUUGGGCGCUUUCGUCCCCACUUCCUGUCUCGGGAGCCAGUUUGAAGGCGGGACUCUGAGAGAGAAGAGGAAGGAAAUGGACAUGGUUCUGCUGCAAGGUAUCUGUGGGAGUGCCAUUGCAGACGGGCAGAUGAACAAUGCUGAGGUAGUAAAAAAGAUCUGGGGCUUAUUUGGAGGUGGCAAGAACGUUUCAAACUCAGGGGAGGAGAGCAUGAGGUUGGAGUUUGUGAGUAAAGGGGAGGUGAAGGUGUGUAACUGUCUGCCCUCCCGAGUGGUGAGGUGUGUGUCUGAGCUGAUAGAGUACGCUGAGGACCCAGAUGCACUGAAGACAUGGAAAGUCAUCGCCACACUGGAACAGCUACUGAAAGGUCAUGUGAGCAGUAAGGGCGAGAUGCUGUGGAACAUGGACGCUGAGAGGUGGCAGAGAACCAGCCUGAUGGAGAGAAAGAAGUUCAUAGAGAAAGUCAGUCUGGAGCUCAUCCUCACCUCAGACAGCUGGACAAAAGACUGGGAGGACCAAAGCUGCACCUGCAACGCUAAAAGGAUGGAGGUAACGAUGGGAAUGACAACCAGGUCAGCCAUGUCAUCCAGCGAGAGAAUAACAAACCCCUGGGUCCCCGAUAAGUUGUGGAUUGCACAAAACAUUUUCCCUCUGGUCAUAAAAUGGGAAUGGGGAACCGUGUCCAACUUCCUCUUCAAGAUCCAAGAUACUAACGUUCCGAGCAGCAUAGCGUCCAAAGAGAAGAUUCACCUGGUAGACGCUGGGUUAAAGAUCAACUCUCCCUAUCCCCCCAUCCUGCGCACAUCGAGGAAAGUCGACCUCAUCAUCUCCUUGGACUUCAGUGCGGGAGACCCCUUUGAGACGGUGCGUAGUGCCAAAACGUACGCGCUUCUGCAGAAGGUCCCCUUUCCCCCAGUGAAGCAGAGUGUGUGGGAGGAGAAAGACCAUCCUGAGGACUGCUACGUUUUCGAGGGGCAAAGCCCUGAAGUGCCCACCAUCAUGCACAUGCCCCUGUUCAACCUGCAGAACUGCCAAGACGAGGAGGAGAUUAAGAAGGAGAGGGAGAAGUACACAACGUUCCACCAGCACUACGAUGCGUCUGAGAUCCAACACAUCAUGGAGAAGGCCAAGGACAACUUGAAGAACAACAAAAACAGGAUCCUGGAACAGAUUUUUAUGGCUGUCAAACGCAGAAAGAAUCGCAUGUCAGCGCAGGAAGUAAACACUGGGGACAGAAAGUUUCCACCCCCCUAAAGUAUUUUCCACGAUGCCCUUUCCAUUCCGCCCAGACGUAUGUUUACAACCCGACUUGCAAGCACGAAAAAUUGAGUUAGCCGAAUAUGUUUGAGGCCAUCAUUUCGCAGGUGAGCAGUUCAAUUCCCUGUAAAAAUAAAAUAAAAUUUGAGAUCCCUGAUUCCAUUUGUAGCACCCCACUCCUCUAUUUGUUGAUAGAAUCUGUGGCUCUGGUCAAAUCUAUCUAUUUAAAUAGUCUGAUUUAUUGAGACUAGCAGAUUAUUAAUUACCUCUUAACACUUUACAUUAGAAUCAGCACUGAAGUUAGCAUUAGCCCACCAUUAGCCCUGAUACAUCAAUAGCAUCUGUGGAUCUGGUCAAAUCUAACCAUUUGGGGUUCCUCUUAGAAACCUCUGUGGAAAUGGUUCAACAUGGAACCCAAAAGGGUGCUUCAAAGGGUGCUCCUACCAUUGGCUCCUACAGGGACAAAUUAAAAACCCCAAAGCCCCACUUGUUUUGAGCCCCACCUGUUUAGCUAAAGAAAAAUAGAUAUACAGUACCAGUCAAAAGCUUGGACAC